AUAUGCUAAUGCGGGCUAAGCAGGUUACCUGCCGCCAGGUGAACUGCAUUGCCUCCAAUCAGCAGCAGCACAGCUUCUCAACGCCACAGCAGAGUCGCGUGAAAACACGACUGCCACUAUUUUUAGUCCUUUCUUUCGAGUAUCAUACAAACCUGGAGGAAAUUGUCAGUCAUGUCUGGCAGCUGUGUUCUCUUCUCACGACUCUUUGUGGGGAUGUGUGCAGCUGUCAUACUGAUUGUAAUGUGUUCACACGCUGACAGAGCUAGUCCAGCAGUACCUAUAAUCCCAAAGAGAGUGAAGUACAGCGUCCUGAGACGACUCAGUCCUGAGCAACAGGUUCCCUCCUUAGCUGGUCGGCAGGGCGAAGAUCGACAAGUCCAAACACCAGCAGACGCCCCAUCGAUCAGCAACCAUCAUUCCCAUCCCAUCCACUUUACUCAAGGUAGCUUUAGUUACAGUCAGAACAGCCUGGAUAAGGCGCGGCCUCGAGUGAAAAUAACCAGACUACUGAGAGGUGGAAUGAUGAGGCCAGCAAGCAUCAUUUUCACCUCCCAUUCCCCAUACAAAGGACCAGGCAGCGAAGGAGGAAUCCCAAUAACUCCCUUAUCAAAGGUAGAUGAAGACAGGUCUGCAAGAAAGUUGAAUUCUGUUUUUCCAUCCCAGACAGGUGGACUUCAGAGUGCUCAACUUCUAACCCAAAGAGGGCUUGGCAGUGACUUUUUAGAAACAAAUCAGCUGCUGAUGGUCAGAGUCCAGAGCAGUGCCAGUGGGAUACAACCAAAAAACGUCCUUGACUUUACAAAUCAGGCUUGGGGUGGUGCUCAGUCUCUCGGCAACAGUUUAAGCGUUAUUAAACGAAACCCCGGCCAAGAAAGGCUGACGUCCAUCUCAAAAUUCCCACAGAACCAAAACUCUGUAAGCAGUAGAGAAAUGCUAGAACACAACAACAUCCAGUCGUAUCUCGUUAAAGACUCUCCAGCUCAGACUUACACCGUGACAAAUGUUGAGCAAAAAGCUUUUAGAGGACAGAGAAAUACUGCUGACUGGGCCCAGAAGCAAAGCCUAUCUGGGAUGCAAGAGAAAAGUAAAUUUAUUUCUAAUUUCAACCAUUAUACCAGAACAGGCCCAAACGAGGAGGAAUCUGAAGCCCAUAUUGGUUUUGGUAGACCGCGGGUCAUUUUCUAUCCCACUCCACACAAGGCCGCAGCCUCUACACCAGGUUUUCUGCAUCCUUUUUCUCUGCAUCGUGUUUCAGAGGACAAGAAACAGAAAAAUCUUGUCUCUGCGGUUCAUUCUCAGGAUGGCAGAAAGGCAUUUGGUGUACUGGACCAAGUCAACGUGACUUCAAGAGAGCCGAGACAGGAGUACGCAGCAAGUUGGUCUGUUAAAAGAUUUAAUCGCCUCGAUGGGCUCACCAACCCUGAGAGGAAACCUGCAAAGGAGACGUCUGGUCCCUCCUCUGCAGACAGAACACAGUCCACUCUGGAUAAAGGAGUAGACAUUGGGUUUAAAUUUUCAAAUGCUUAUCCUUCUUUAUCACAAAAGUACAGCUUUGGCCAGAGAAGAGCUGCUACCACCACACUGGCUAAACUGGGCAUGGUGAAAACAAGUCCACCUUCUCCUGUAACCCAAGUCAGCAGUACAACCACUGUUCAAAUCUUCACAACAACUCCCAAAAGUCAGCAGCCUGAAUCCGGGGCAAGCAUGAACAGAAAUGAGAACAGAUUCAGGCUCUACAGGGAAAGGUUUGGUCUAGAAGGAUAUGGCAGUCAACCACUUGAGGGAGCCAAAGCUUUACCUCAGAGUGCAGACUCGCCCGUCAAACCCAAACCAAGUUUCAAAGGGUUUGAACUCAGGAGCUCUGAGGUCUCCAGACCCAAACCCAUCAGGAUUUACAGGUUGUACAGUCAAAGAGAUGACAGGGAGCCAGGUAGCAGUGGUGACUUUAAAAUGCCUCCAAAUAUUGCAAGAGCAGAUGGCUCAAUCUCAAGCUUUACAUCCAACAAGACCCAGAUUCUUCAGAGCUUUCUGCCCAGUAAAAACCGAACUGUAGGCACUCGCAGCAGCACCAGCUGGAUCUCUCCGAUGGUCUCUUCAUCUUAUCUGAGCUCACUAGAGCAGUCCACAGAGGAACUGGAACCGAAAGUGGCUGACGGAAACAAAUCUGCCGCAGAGGAGGUGCCCGAGUUCAAGACCCUCACCAGCCGCACGGUGAGGGGCAAACGGGUGAAGCUGACCCAAACUGGCGGCAGAAGGCUCCUCGGACCCAUCGCCAUCAAUUCAACGGGCAACUCGGUCAUACGCAGGCUGCCCAGGGUGAAAGCUGUUACGUACGAGGACGUCCUGGGAAAUGCUUCGUUCAGCAGUGUGAUGUCUCCGGUUCAUCAUCAGGGUCAUUUCCCAAACGUGACGACUGCGCUGGGAGAAGGCUGGAGCUCAAAAUCGGAUGACGUCAAGAACACGAGCGGAAGUCCCAAAGCAAAUGUCACCAACGAGGAGACGGAGAGUGUUUACAGGAAGGAAGAAGCGGACGAUGAAGUAGGAACGUCAGAUUUGUUUUUUGAGAGUGAAGGAAGUGGAAGUUUGGAUCUGUCCGAUGUUUUAUCAACCGCCUCAGAGAACGAGCCAGCAGGAAAUGACCUGCUGGAGCUCGACUACCUCCGAAAAUCCACUGGAAAUGUCUCUUUCAAAUCACUCGGUAAAUCACAUCUGGAGCAGCGAUAGAAAUGUGCUGAAGUGUUCCCUUCUUGAAGCAACUCUAAUGAAUAAACAUUUUUGGAAAACUA